UAUAAUAAAAUCUAACAAAAAGAAGUCUUUGAACUAUCUCGUUGGUAACAACGGACUAAAAAAUAUACUACGAAUACUUUAGAUAGUAUUAUUGAAAUAUGUUUGAUCGAUAAAGCUGCGAGUCGCUGUUAACAACGACGUAUUUGUCUUCGUAAAGUGCUCAUCUGCAAGCUGAUUUUUUUUCCCACAAAAAUUCGAUAUUAAAUCUCAAGGAUGCAAGCAAACGUGCAGCAGCAAACAUCGAAAGUCAGCGUCGGCGCCAACUUUGAUUCCAACGGAGGGGUAGACAACGUGCGUGUUACAACGACUCUCAUGAAAAGCGUUUCCUUGUUCCUCACGAGUGCUUGGAGAGUAUCGUUGAACGGAAAGAGACCGUCCUCGGUUAAAACAACAAAACAAGAAUUGCGAAGACCUCGUAAAAAAAAAAUGCCGGAAAGUGGGAAUCCAAGAAAUUCUGCUUACAUCAUCAAAAUCAUCGAAUCUCUGAAGAAAAAGACCAAAUUUAGCAGAACAGAAUUAGAUGGACUCUGUAAAUUGUAUAAAAAUUUAAUGAAAGAAGCUGGUCAGCAACAAGUGAGUCCAUCGAUGGGCAUUUAUAGAAGAUCAAGGCCAAUCCAUAGUAUCGAGGGAAUCGAUAGAUCAAUCUUUCGCAAUCUUCUUCACAAUACCUUUAAAGUAAUAACAGAAGAUAUAUUGGUGGAACGAUUAUUUUGUUGUUGGGAUCGUGAAAGUGAAAGUGCUAUUAGAUUAGAAUCAUGGAUCAUGGGUCUCGAUGUUUUUCUCCGUGGCAACCUACAGGAUAAAACUGAUUUUUGCUUUCGUGUUUACGAUUUAAACAAUGAUGGUUUUAUUACGAAAGAUGAAAUCUUUCAAUUAUUUAAAAAUUGUUUGAUAAAACAACCAGGAGAAGAAGAUCCGGAUGAAGGUAUACGAGAUUUAUCAGAAUUGGCAUUGAAAAAAUUGGAUGUCGAUCGCGAUGGAAAAAUAUCAUUUGAAGAUUACGAUACGGCUGUUAAAAAAGAACCAUUGCUUUUGGAAGCUUUUGGACAGUGUUUACCUACAGAAGAAAAUUGUACAGCAUUUAUAAAAUCGUUACAACAUUAAAAUCGUUCUUACAAAUUUUCAUUCCAUCGAGAUUCGAAAUAUUACAAAGAAGUAAGGAAUUUCGUAUAUAAUAAUUAAA